AUGAGGUGGCCUACCACUUUUCGGCCCUUGCGGGAAGACGUGGAGCCGGACUGUCGCUGCUGGGUGGGCGAGGAGUUGCAAUGCUGGCUGAUUGUCAACAUCUCCCAUGUGGGAGCGGAUCCUGUGCUCGAGCAGGAAACAGAAAUCCGUUUCACGAUGUCCGUGAUCAACUCGGCAGUGCCAAAAGACUCUAUCAGGAGCUGGUGGAACAUGGUACACUGGGCAGCCCAGGAUAGAAGGCUCCUGUCCGCAGGUUCUGUGCCUGGUUGGCCAGUGUACGGGCUGCUGAACAAUGUGACGGCCAUCAUUGGGGGUUGGAGGCAGCGUGCUGGAUCCAUUAGCGACAUCUCGAUCACCUUCAUUCCCACAGUGUGGGGGAGCACGAUGGAAAUCAACUUCUACAUUCCGCAGGGGUUCAACUUCGAAAAUGUGAGGCCGGGAGCUCCGCUGCUACGCGACGAGCGCACGCAGGGCAGUCGCGUUGUCGUGACCAACGGCGACUUCCGCCCUUUUGAGAAGCACGAGAUCUUCCUGGGUGAGGCGCAGCUCGGUCUCGGAGGUCUCGACAUGUACACGGAUGCCAUGAUGACCACAGAAGUUGCAAGGAGGAUCAACUUCUUUCAGGGCUUUGUGCAGCCCGCAAGUGUGUCACUGCACACGCAGCUGCUUCAAAGCGAAACGGUCGUCAGGCAUUACCAAGGUGAGCUCUACGACUCCGCGGUACCGCUUCUUCCUCCCUUCGCGCUGCAGCUUUCGCGCAUGGAGUUCUUCGUCGUGCUUUCGCACUAUGUUAUGGCUGGCGAUGUGUUGCUGAUUCAGAGCCUCACAUCAGCUGGCGGAGUCGCCCAUGAGCCCAUCAACGAGGAGGGCUAUGAGCCGAGGAUCGACCUUUGCAACGGCCCAGACGCAGGUGCAGACGACAAGGGGACUUGGAGUUGUGGUGACAUCGUCGGUGUCAACUUCACUCAGAUGUCGCUUAUUCGGGACACCUUCGACGUGCCUGUUGGGCUCCGAAUGGUAUUGCUUCCAAUGGAUCCGCGUUACGUCGUGGAGAGAUCAGCCUUGGAUGAGAUAGCAUCUCUCACCGAUGGUCAGCGGUCAAUGGCCCUGGAGGCCAACAGAAAUUACCGGGUGCAGAUUUGGCUACUGCCGUCCAUGGCGGAGACCUGGUGGUCCAUCUCCACCGAGGACAUCACUGGGUUUCCAACAAGCUCCAACGACGGAGAGACAAGUUCGAUAGCCGCUGUACCUGAAAUGGCCGUGACCGUGGCGCCUCAAGUGGGGCGCAGUCCACCUCUAUCUGCCGUCUACAUCACGAUCACCAUCAAGGCUGGUGCAGGGCAGACGGCCUACUCACGUUUGUUGGUCAUCCUUCCUUACGGCUUUGUGCCUGUGGGUGCUCUGGCUCCGGACAAUGCCCGUGCAAUGGUGGAGUUGGACCUGCGCCAGAUUGUGAACCCGCUGGUAGACGAGAUGUCUUAUCAGUUUCGGGUGUUGACGCCGCGGAGAACCAAUUUGGACCCACGCUGGUUUGUUCUGGCCCGCAGUGUGACAGUGGAUGAAAUCACCGAUGUGCAGAGCGACCGAAUUGUCGGCUGGGGCUCUGCUCCUGGAUUCGGCGUCGAGCCUUGCUUCGUCGAAGCGAGGUAUGGUGCUCUUCCGCGGUACACGGGCUGGAUGUCCUUGACGUGGAAGGCUCCACAGAUUGCUGGCGCCAGAUAUGCAUUGUUCACCGCGCCCAAUGAGUUUCGCGUCAGUUGUCCUCCACCGUCCCAGGCCGCACAGCCAUGCGAGCCCUUUCAGCUUUCAGAGGGGAUGCCAAACACCAUCACGGAGCUACCUAUCACCCGUACUUUGAAUGUGACGAUGGCGAAAGGAUGGCCUGAAGGCCAAGAUUUCGUGUUUUUCAUGAUGCUGCUCAUCGAAACGCCAGCAGUCCUCACCAGUCUACAACCAUGGGAACUUCGACUAUUAGACCAGGUCUUCACGGUGAUUGAUGCGGCCCUGGAGAUACCAUCUCUGAUGUUUGCGCCAGACCUUCAGGCCGAGAAUCCAACCCUCAGCUGGCUCACACCUCCCCAAUUCGGCGAGGCAGCUACUGCAGCUAUACAG